AUCUGUGAAUGAUCACAGAGGUCACAUGGCACAAGGCUAUGCACAACAGCCUUGUACCAUGUGACAAGCUGUGACCAAUCACAGCUCGCACAGUAUUUCUUAAUGGUUGCAGGAGGGACCUCUGUACGAGGUCCCGAUCAUGUGAUCACUGAUUGGCCAAUCAGUGAUCACAUGCAAAGUAGUAAGCAAGAUGUCACUUGUGACAUCAUUGCUUUCUACGUGUGAAAUCUGUGAAUGAUCACAGAGGUCACAUGGUACAAAGGCUAUUCACACAGCCUUGUACCAUGUGACAAGCU